GUUAGAUACUCCAUCACCAGAAGAAUCCGAACUAAAAACUCUCAAGAUUAGAAUUUACCCAACUCUAUCUGAGGAUGCAAUACUUUGCAGAUGGAUGGACAGAUUAAAGCAAACUGCCUACUACGUCGAACGUAAUCCAAAUGUACAAUGGCUGUUGGAUACUCCUAGGGAAACUAGAUCAUACGCAAUUCGACAAUACAAGUUUGCAUACAAGACACAACUGGUAAAAGAAAACGCUUCUCAACAUAUUAUUACAUCACAACCUGUACCCGGAGUUAAAAUACCGUCAUCAUCACCAGAAAUAGAU